AUGUCCACUCUGGCAGCGGAUGUCACUUAUGACUUCACCUUCCCAUCAUGCGACCCCACUACCCCCCCGAGCUUCACCUUUGACCCCUCACUGCUCGAGAUUCCCUACAACCCCGGCCAUGCCCGCUCCAGCUCGCAUGGAUCCGUCUACUCCUUCGAGUCGUCGCCCUCCGACUCGCUCACUGCCCCCAGCACCCGCCGGACCACCCCGGCGCGGUCUCCCAUCCGGACCCAUGGUCCCCUCCUCCUGCCCAAGAUCCGGAGUCAAGACCAGGCCAUGAUCCCCUCCGCAGUUGCUACACCCGGCCGACCAAGCGGCCAGACCAACCCGGAGACCAUCUCGUACUCGGCUGCUCUCACCUUCGCCGAGGACAGCAACCCGGCUCCUCUCCUCUGCUCCCCCGUCAGCUUCACCCGCGAGUCGUCAGUGAUGGACUCCCGCCGCGCAUCAUCAUGCAGUCUUGACAAUGUCACGGUCGACAACUACUUCCAGGCCUACCAAAUGCCCACCUACAUGCCGGCCCGCGCCAGCAGCAGCCCCACUCCCCCGCCUCAACCCCAGGCUCUCUCCCAACCAGAGCCGUUCCUCUACCAGCAGUACAUGCCGCGCGGCCCCUCGCCGCUGGCCGCUGCCGCGCCCAUCACCCCUGAGGUGACCCCAUCCACCACCCUCUACUCCUACCUCACGGCACCCAACCGGGCCCCGUCACUUGUCCGCAACCUCUCCUUCCCCCUCCGAGAUCCCAACACCAAGCACUUCUGGUGGGACGUCCGUCAGGUCCGCCCCUGGACCGACUUCACCGCCUCCUCCAUCCUCUCUAUGCCCGGCGCCGCCGGGUGCCUGUCCACCCCCGUCUCCUCUGCUCUCCUCCCGACCCCGAUCACCAGCCAGCGUCACCCAGAGACCGAAGCCGCCCUCCACUCCAUCUACGCGGCGCACUACCUCCCCAAGCUCAAUAAUGCGCUCGCCCUCUGCUCGCAGCGUCCUCUCAAGCUCUCCGUCGCACCCACCAAGCCCGCCGCCGCCUCCAAGGCGAACAACCUCGGCAUGACCACGGACUGCAUCUGA